AUGCAAUCAAAAUAUUUUAUCUUACGUAAAUUAUUAUCAAAUCGUGCGUAUUUAUUUAUUACAACUCCUCCGAUUAAUACUUAUAAUACUGCUGCUCAUAUUCCUUUUCAAACUCGUGUUCCUCAACAUUGUAUUCGUUUAUCUAAUCUUCCAUUAUUAUCAUCGAUUAUAAAAUUAGUUGAAAAUAAUAAACCAUUACAAGGUUAUACAAUAUUAAAUAUUCAACAUCAACUAGGUGAUGUAACUGCUCAAACAGAAGCAUUAAUAGCCUUAGGUGCAUUGCCUUCUAAUCUAUAUUUUCUUCCACCACCCUAUACACAUCAUAGAGAAUUUGAAUUAUUUGUCUUUAAUUAUUAUGGAGUUCCAAAAGAAAACUUUUUUCAAUCUUCUUCAUAUCGUUUAUGUUAUAAUUAUGAUAAAUAUCGUUUAUUACAAGUCAUAUUUGAAUUACGUCAAAUGAUUAAAUUAGAAUUAUUAAAGGAAAGACAAAAACAUCAUAAUUUACUUGUAUUAGAUGACGGAGGAUGUUUUUCUGAAGCAUUAGCAACAUUAUUUGACAUUCAUAAUGAAAUAUUAGAUCCUGAUGAAUUAAUAAAAAACCUUCCAUUAUUAUUAAAAACAACAAAAUCUGACGCAACAUUUAUUAUAUCAUAUUUUCAAUCGAUUGAAAUUCGUCUUAUUGAACAAACAUCACGUGGCAUAUUUAAAUAUGUCGAUCAACAAAAUAUAUCCAAGACAUUAAAUAAAUUUGGAAUAUCUAUUAUUGAUGUUGCAUCAAGUGAGCCUAAAAAACGUCUAGAACCUCCUAUUAUUGCUGAAGCAUGUUUGAAUAUGUUAUCGUAUAUAUUUUAUGAUGCACCAAAUCAUUUACGAAUUCCUAAACCAUUGAAAUCCCAGAAUUGUUUAUUACUUGGUUAUGGAGCUAUUGGACAAGCAGUAGGUUACGCUUUAACGCACGAAGGAGAUUUAGGAUUAUUUUCAAAAAAUUCUGUUAAAGUAUGGGAUCGAGACGUCACUAGACAUAAAGUAGCACAAGAUAAUGGUUUCGAUAUAUUCAAUCAAUGGAAUAAUAAAGAAGAAUUUGAUUAUAUUAUAGGUUGCACUGGUCGUUGCUCAUUAUCUCUGUCCUCUUUAUCCUUAUUACGUAAUAAUUGUUAUUUAAUAAGCGUAUCGUCGGCAGCUAUAGAAUUUCCAUUUAAUGACAUGAUUGAACAUUCAUUAUUAAAUGGAAAUAAAAAUCCAAUAAAAAUAAGCUUGUCUGAUAUACAAUUAAAUGAAUUAAAUAAUGAAAAUAUACAUCGUAAUAUAACAUUCCAGAUUGAAGAUCAAAGAAAUAUAACUGUUGUUAAUGGUGGAAUGCCUAUUACAUUUUUGGGCAUUUUAAAUCCAGCAAUACCAGAAAAAUUUGAUUUAACGGUUAGUUGCAUGAUAGCAGCGAGUAUUCAAGCUGUCGGUACAAAACAACAACUAAAUGAUAAACAACAAAUUAUACCACUAGAUUCUAAAUAUUCUAAAUUCAUUUGUGAUUGGUUUGAUAAUAACAUGAUUUGA